GAGUAUAAAUACGUAGGAUUUUCUGGCUUAUUCGACACAGUACAAUCGUGACAAUCGUACAAUUUGAAGUUACAGAUUAUAUUUUCAUUUUAUUAAUCUCAUCAUGACGUUUGAUACUCUAUCACGUAAUUGGACAAGAAGAAUAUUUUUUCAUGUUAUUCUUGGAUCGAUCGUGAUAUUAUCUGUUUUACAAUAUUCGGUGGAGGCUGACGAAGUGCCAGCAUUUUUUUUAAAAAUUGCUAAAAACAUUCCGCGAGUUGGACGAAGUGGAGACAAAUUUGAUGAUUUCUUUUUGAAUUCUCCGAAAAAUAUUCCUGAAACAGGAAAACACGAUAAUAAUUUAAAGUCUUCGGAGUCAUGGCAAUCCCACGAAAACUCUGAAAGCUUCGCGAAACCAAUUAAAAGACGUAUAGAUUAUUCACCACUCGAUCCUGCAGAAUCUUUGUCCUGGCAACAUUUUCCACUUGCUAUCGAAGGACCUAAAGAACUAUGGCGAACUUUAGCAGGAUAUUCAAAAGAUCCUUUGGAAGACAUGACCAACGAAAUAUGGGUGAGAAAGAAAAGGACUGACGAAGAGACUUCAUUUUGAUUUAAAAAUUACAAAAUUAGAAACUAUCUAUUCUCUUUCUCUAUAUUCAUAUAUAUAUAUUUUUUUCUUUCUAUUCGAAUGAACGAAGGUAAAAUUAUUUUAUCAUGGUAUUUCUUUUAUUAUACUCUACGGUGCUGGGAAAAUAAUAGACAAUAAACUAUACACACUACAUACA